AUGGAUGCUUUUCAGGGGAUUUUAAGAUUCAUCCUCAACCGGAAAACUGUUAUUGGCUACAGCUUUUUGGCUCUGCUGACUGUGGGAGGUGAGCGUCUCUUUUCACUCGUGGCUUUUAAGUGUCCCUGCAGCACUGAGAACGUGGUGUACGGAUUGGUUUUCCUUUUUGCUCCUGCCUGGGUGUUACUGAUCCUGGGAUUCUUUCUGAACAACAGGUCAUGGAGACUCUUCACAGGCUGCUGUGUGAUUCCCAGGAAAAUCUUCCCCAGGGGCCACAGCUGCCGCUUCUUCUAUGUCCUCGGUCAGAUCACUCUGAGUUCAUUGGUGGCUCCAGUAAUGUGGCUUUCUGUGGCUUUGCUCAAUGGGACGUUUUAUGAAUGUGCCAUGAGUGGGACCAAAAAUUCCAGACUCCUGGGGCUGAUUUGCAAGGGCAAGCCCGAAGAGUGCUGGGACGAACUUCACAAGGUACCUUGCGGCAAAAUCAGCAUGACCCAUACAGACAACGAAGAACUGAAACUGUCCCUGCAAGCCCAGUCUCAGAUUCUAGGCUGGUUCCUGAUUUGUUCAGCAGCUUUCUUCUCUCUGCUCACUGCUUGUUAUGCUCGCUGCCGAUCAAAAGUUAGCUACCUUCAGCUGAGGUUUUGGAAGACGUAUGCACAAACGGAGAAGGAGUACUUGGAAAAUACGCUCCUGGACUAUGCCAAAAAGCUGAGUGAGAGGAACCUGAAAUGCUUCUUCGAAAACAAGAGGCCAGAGGUCUUCUCCAUGCCUACCUUUGCGGCCUGGGAGUCUGCUUCAGAGCUGCAUUCUUUCCACCCAAACCAGCAGCAUUACAGCGCCCUCCACAGGGUGGUGGAAGAUGGUCUGGAACUUCGCCCUGAGGAUGAUGAGACUACAAUGGUGCUUGUGGAUGCUUCUCAAAAUGUGCAGCUCACUGACCAUCACUGA